AUGAAUGUACUUCUGGUGUACCAGAACACAAACGCUGUCUGUGUGAUCGAGGCGCCAUCAAAGCGGAGGGUCGUGGCGGUGAGGGCCAUCAAAGCGGAGGGUCGUGGCGGUGAAGGCCAUCAGCGGAGGGUCGUGGCGGUGAAGGCCAUCAAAGCGGAGGGUCGUGGCUGUGUCACUACAGGUCAAAUACCUGUGACUGGCAAAGGAGCGAAGACGGGAAAGGAACCAAAGAGUAAAAGCCAGAGGGGCCUUUUGAAGUUCAUCCCAGCCGAGGGCCAGAGAAGGUGGUGGCAGCCGAGGGCCAGAGAAGGAGGUGGCAGCCGAGGGCCAGAGAAGGAGGUGGCAGCCGAGGGCCAGAGAAGGAGGUGGCAGCCGAGGGCCAGAGAAGGAGGUGGCAGCCGAGGGCCAGAGAAGGAGGUGGCAGCCGAGGGCCAGAGAAGGAGGUGGCAGCCCGAGGGCCAGAGAAGGAGGUGGCAGCCCGAGGGCCAGAGAAGGAGGUGGCAGCCCGAGGGCCAGAGAAGGAGGUGGCAGCCCGAGGGCCAGAGAAGGAGGUGGCAGCCCGAGGGCCAGAGAAGGAGGUGGCAGCCCGAGGGCCAGAGAAGGAGGUGGCAGCCCGAGGGCCAGAGAAGGAGGUGGCAGCCGAGGGCCAGAGAAGGAGGUGGCAGCCGAGGGCCAGAGAAGGAGGUGGCAGCCCGAGGGCCAGAGAAGGAGGUGGCAGCCGAGGCUGUGAUUGUGUCAAGCUCAUCCCAGCUGCAGGUGUCCUGGGCUAGGUAGCCAGACCUAACCCAGAGAUGCUCCAGACCAACAACAACUCGCUGGUCCUGCUGACCUAUGACCUGUGUGUCAACUCCUUAAGUGAGCUGCUCAGGGCAGCGCCCGUCAUCCAGCUAGUGCUGUUCAUCAUCUAGGACAUAGCCUCGCUGUUCAACGUGAUCAUCAUUCUGCUGAUGAUGUUUAACACGUCCGUGUUCCAGGUCGGUCUGGUCGCUCUGCUACUGGAGAGGUUUAAAGGCUUACUGAUGCUGUGUGCCAUCUACCUCACCAUCAGCAUCUCCUUUCACUGCUCGGUAGUGAGCCUGAGAUGGCUGGAGUCCAACAGUUUGACCUGGACAAACGGCCUACAUGUUCUCUCUGUCUUCCAGAGGGUUGUGUUGUAUUACUACUUCUACAAACGGACGACAGAGUGUCUGGGCGACCCGCGGCCGCAUGACGAUUCUGGCUGAGGGAUUCCUUCGCCAGAGCUCGUCAGCGAGGAGGGAGGGACUGGAGGAUCUAUUAUCUGUCUGGCUGAGGGAUUCCUUCGCCAGAGCUCGUCAGCGAGGAGGGAGGGACUGGAGGAUCUAUUAUCUGUCUGGCUGAGGGAUUCCUUCGCCAGAGCUCGUCAGCGAGGAGGGAGGGACUGGAGGAUCUAUUAUCUGUCUGGCUGAGGGAUUCCUUCGCCAGAGCUCGUCAGCGAGGAGGGAGGGACUGGAGGAUCUAGUACCAAGUGAGGUCCGCCAGACUGGUGACAAGACUUUCACUACCUGGGUGGGUCAUGUUCAUUUGACACCAGAAGAAAACUGACAUGGAGGGACUAUCUGGCCUUGUCCAAUAAGAAACGCCCAUUGUUUUCAGUUUCAAAACAUUUUGCUACGGUGUGCCCUACUGAACACGACCCUGGACUAGGAUAGAGAUAGGAGAAAGAGUGGUCCAUCCUGGUAGUUUCUCAAUCAAGAUGUUCCACUAAUAUGGACUAGUGUUGUUACUAGAGGCAGAUGACACUAAAGGACAAUCUCAGGUUUUCCUCCAAUGGAUUAAAAAAUAAAAUAAAAUGCACAAUGGCAAUUCAUUUCAGUGUUUUUACUAAAAUGUGAUACCGUCUCACUCCUAAAUGGAACCCUAUAUAGUGCACUACUAUAGACCAGAGCCCUAUUCCCUAUAUAGUACACUACUGUUGAC